UACGCCGACACGAAAUUGCGUUUACAGAUGUGAGGCAUCAGCUGCCACCAACAUGCAAAAGCCCAGUUUGACCUCAUCGGAUCUGGAAGCUGGAGAGGCAGUGCCUGAAAAGGAGAAAAAAGUGACUCAUCUCGUAUCCAUCAAAACAGGGCAGGCGAUGACAAUACAAAACACAGACAGAGUAGAUUCAUACCAUGGAGCAGCACUGAACUGCAUCAUGCACCAUCCAGGAUUUGAUCCGGUCUGCCUUAACAGAUGGUUCCUUGACACUGCAUAUUUGCAGUAUAGGCAACAGUAUGGAGGACGAGGGCAGAAUGCAUCCCCCAACAAGAAGUACCGCCAUACUGCAUAUAGGCGGCUGACACGAUGGUGUUGGGGACACCUGGGACACAUGGUACGUGUUCCACUUUCAGCGCAGGGUUCUCUCCACGUACAAACUGAGCAUGUGCUCUUCGUCUCAUCAAGGAGACCUUUCCAUCUGAAGACAGUGUUUAUAUAGGAUUUAAUGAAGUUGAGUCGGACUAAUGUAAACCAACAUUUUAAAUGGGAUGUCAAGUUGUUUUUUUGACAUGGUCAAAACUUUAAAAACUGCGCGAGUGUAUGCGCACAUACACAAAAUACAUUUUGUAAAUUCAUAUGUGGCACAAAAAUGAAGAGAGCUUGUUACAUGUACUUGAAAUAUUGUUAGAAAGAUCACUAAAUUAAUCUAAAUAAGACAAAAUACAUCCCUGUUUAGUACGUAAGACAGACUUUACUUACUACCACACAUUUUGAUGUUAAACUUCUGGGGCCGUCACAUUUGUCAGAUCUAUACUUUCAUAUUACAUGUAUUCUCAUUUCAUAUUGUACAUGUAUUCUCACUUUGAUUCUGUGACUUGGAUUUUAUAUGCUCUGUGUACUGUAAAAACUACAUGUAUUCACUUAUCACCUUCCCAGUUUUAGAUAUUCUAUGCAAAUUUCUUUCGACAGUUUCAGGUUUUAACAGUGCUAAAAAGUAAAAAUACAGCAACCUGUUCAAAAAAAAUACAGAAAACUGAGUGUCAAUGUCGACUUUUGCAACUGCUUUGCAUAUUUUGUAUCAUAUGACUGUACACGUAUACAGUCAAACCCCAAUAAAAGCACUGCUUUCUAUCAUUAAAAGGGGAAGUGUAGGUUCUAAGUCUUCACUAUUGUUUUCCACUCCUGUUAAUACAUGUCCAUUGUACAGGGUUACAACAAUGUUAUUUUUUAAUUGUCAAGGACCUCUUUGUUAAGAAGUUUGGCUACUUUUCAAGGAUAUUAAAUUUUGAUAAGUACAUGUGUAAACCAACAGCAACAACUCCACUAAUUUAAAAGUAAUAAAAUCAGUUACGGUUGCCAUAGUUUA